CCCGGGGGUCUCUCCCGGGAGCCCCCCCCGGGCCGGGGCUGUUCUCGCCGCGGAUACCGGGGGAAGUUCGCCUCUGUCGGGAGGUCCCACACCGGGACCCAGCAGCAGCAGGUCCCUGGAGCCGGCCAGGAUGGCUCAGUGGAAUCAGCUGCAGCAGCUCGACACGCGGUACCUGGAGCAGCUCCACCAGCUCUACAGUGACAGCUUCCCCAUGGAGCUCCGGCAGUUCCUGGCCCCCUGGAUUGAGAGCCAGGACUGGGCCUACGCUGCCAGCAAGGAGUCCCACGCCACGCUGGUGUUCCACAACCUGCUGGGGGAGAUUGACCAGCAGUACAGCCGCUUCCUGCAGGAGUCCAAUGUCCUCUACCAGCACAACCUGCGCCGCAUCAAGCAGUUCCUGCAGAGCAGAUACUUGGAGAAGCCGAUGGAGAUCGCUCGCAUCGUGGCUCGCUGCCUCUGGGAAGAGUCCCGGCUGCUCCAGACAGCUGCCACUGCUGCCCAGCAAGGGGGACAGGCAACACAUCCAACAGCAGCUGUAGUGACAGAAAAGCAGCAGAUGCUGGAGCAGCACCUGCAGGACGUGAGGAAAAGGGUGCAGGAUCUGGAGCAGAAGAUGAAAGUGGUGGAGAAUCUCCAGGAUGAUUUUGAUUUUAACUACAAGACUUUGAAAAGCCAAGGAGACAUGCAAGAUCUGAAUGGAAACAAUCAGUCUGUGACCCGGCAGAAAAUGCAGCAGCUGGAACAGAUGCUCACAGCGUUGGAUCAAAUGCGCAGGGGCAUUGUGAGCGAGCUGGCUGGACUGCUGUCAGCCAUGGAGUAUGUGCAGAAAAUGCUGGCAGAUGAGGAGCUGGCAGACUGGAAGAGACGGCAGCAGAUUGCCUGCAUUGGGGGCCCACCUAAUAUCUGCUUAGACCGUCUGGAGAACUGGAUCACCUCCCUUGCAGAAUCACAGCUACAGACCCGGCAGCAGAUCAAGAAGUUGGAAGAACUGCAGCAGAAAGUGUCCUACAAGGGUGACCCCAUUGUCCAGCACCGGCCCAUGCUGGAGGAGCGGAUUGUAGAGCUGUUCAGGAACCUGAUGAAGAGCGCCUUCGUGGUGGAGCGGCAGCCCUGCAUGCCCAUGCACCCCGACCGGCCCCUGGUCAUCAAAACUGGUGUGCAGUUCACCACCAAAGUCAGGUUGUUGGUCAAGUUUCCGGAGCUGAACUAUCAGCUGAAAAUCAAAGUCUGUAUUGACAAGGACUCCGGGGAUGUUGCAGCACUGCGGGGAUCCCGGAAAUUUAACAUCCUGGGAACAAACACCAAAGUCAUGAACAUGGAGGAGUCCAACAAUGGAAGCCUCUCGGCAGAGUUCAAGCACCUGACCCUGCGGGAGCAGCGCUGCGGCAACGGGGGCAGAGCCAACUGCGACGCCUCGCUGAUAGUCACUGAGGAGCUGCACCUCAUCACCUUCGAGACAGAGGUGUAUCACCAGGGGCUGAAGAUUGAUCUGGAGACCCACUCCCUGCCUGUGGUGGUCAUCUCCAACAUCUGCCAGAUGCCCAAUGCCUGGGCGUCCAUCCUGUGGUACAACAUGCUGACCAACAACCCCAAGAACGUGAACUUCUUCACCAAGCCCCCCAUUGGGACCUGGGACCAGGUGGCAGAGGUGCUGAGCUGGCAGUUCUCCUCCACCACCAAGCGCGGCCUCAGCAUUGAGCAGCUGACAACGUUGGCAGAAAAACUUCUAGGGCCAGGCGUGAAUUACUCCGGCUGUCAGAUCACCUGGGCCAAGUUCUGCAAGGAGAACAUGGCUGGAAAAGGCUUCUCUUUCUGGGUCUGGCUGGACAACAUCAUUGACCUGGUGAAGAAGUACAUCCUGGCGCUGUGGAAUGAAGGGUACAUCAUGGGGUUCAUCAGCAAGGAACGGGAAAGAGCCAUCCUGAGCACCAAGCCUCCAGGCACCUUCCUGCUGCGCUUCAGUGAGAGCAGCAAGGAGGGUGGCAUCACCUUUACCUGGGUGGAGAAGGACAUCAGUGGGAAGACACAGAUCCAGUCUGUGGAGCCUUACACCAAGCAGCAGCUCAACAACAUGUCGUUUGCUGAGAUCAUCAUGGGCUACAAAAUCAUGGAUGCCACCAACAUCCUGGUGUCCCCCCUGGUGUACCUGUACCCAGACAUCCCCAAGGAGGAGGCUUUUGGGAAGUACUGCCGCUCCGAGAGCCAGGAGCACUCAGAAGCUACUGACUCAGGUAGUGCUGCUCCGUAUCUGAAGACCAAGUUCAUCUGUGUCACCCCCACAUCCUUCAGCAACACCAUCGACCUGCCCAUGUCCCCGCGCACCCUGGACUCGCUCAUGCAGUUUGGCAACAACAGUGAAGGAGCAGAGGCCAAUGCGGGAGGGCAGUUUGAGUCACUGACCUUCGACAUGGAGCUGACGCCAGAGUGUGCCUCGUCACCCAUGUGAGGUGUCCCACUGGCGCUCGUGGGGCCUCUGGGACUCGGGCUUCCCACCCCAGGGAGUGCCCUGCUCUGGCCCUGCUCCCUUAUGGAUGCUCUGGGCAUUUCCUCGGGGGGGUUUGGGGGCCAGGGUCCUUGCCACCCAUUCCUCGUUUUACCCCAAAUGAACACCCCCCUCUCCAGGGUGGUGCCCCGUUCAUCUGGGACGGGGGAUGAACCUUUUUUCUAUUUCCUUCCCUAACAGUUUUUUAUUAUUGUUUUGCUCAUUCAAGUGCCUAUUAGCCUCCGAUUGCAGCCUCAGUUUUUAAAACGCUUCUGCAGCCCCAGCCAUGCUGCUUGCUGCUGAAAGCUGCUUUCCUGACUGCCUGAGUCAAAAAAAACCCUGGGGAGAUCCAACAGCCCAGGUUUGCCUCUGUGUGCCCGAGGGGGGAUGGAUCUGUCCUGGCCUCUGCAUGGCUUUCCUGUUGUGGGGGGGCUGUUCCCUGCAGCCCCCCAGAAGGGUCUCCCCUCUGCACCCUUGGUGCCAGUUUUGGCCAGGAGGUUGGCUUCCCUCUGCUGGGAACAGGGAGUUUUGGGGCUGCAUCUGCUUGCCACCAGCUUCCUGCUGCAGGCACCAAGAUGCAGCUGGCUCCAUGGGGACAACUGUGUACCCUGUGGUGCAAAGGCUGCAUGGGGCAGUGUCUGCCCCAGCAUUUGCAUCUCGGGUCUGUUUUGGAACCUGGGGGUAACCACAGAGGCUGCCCUGGCUGUGGCUCACCCUGUGGCCAGGCUGGUGGCAGUGGCACAGCCACAGGGUGCCCGCUGAGAUCUGUUGGGGGGGCUGCUGGAUCCAGUGUGACCUCCAGUGGAGGAGGUGGCCUGGCCCUUCUCUGGUAUGGCUUGUGAUGUCCCAGGCAGUGGAUUUGCAGCUUCUCAGGGGCUUCACAUGGUGUUUUUGUUGGAGGUUGGCUGUCGCUGUUAAGGUAGGAGGUGGCAAGAGUUGAAGGGAGCAGGAUGUAUGCAAGGGGAGGGACCCAUCUUGGACCAGCACUCAAUGGAAACAUGGGUGUUGCAAAGGGCAGAGCUCCUGGCUGGGGGGGUUGAGCUCUGCUGCCCACUGGUCGUGGUUCUGUGUUCACCAAAAUGGGGUGGGCCCUCCUGCCUUUUGCCAGGCAGUGAGCAUGCAGACACCCAUGAGCAUCUAGAAGGCCGUGGUGGUAACAGGGCUGUGGGUGCCUGUGGUGGGGUGACAGGAGGGAGCUGUCUUGCUGAACACUAGCCCCCUGCUUUCCAGGUGUCUGGGGUGUCUUGAUUUGGCACUGGGUAGAGAGAAACUCCUGAUCAUCCCUAUCAGUGAUGCUGCUGUGGAGCAGGGUGGACUCAUCACGGGGCUGUGAAGUCCAUGGGGUCUCCCCUUGGCACCCCAAUUGUGUGCUGCACUGGCAGUGUCACUGCAUCCCAGCCUGUGGGUGUGGGAUGGGGUCCCCAGGGGAAGGGAGGGAGGGCUGGGGGUGUCCUGGCCAGUCCUCUGUGGUGUGUGUAGGCAGGGGGAGGUGGCUGUGGCCACCUCUGGGGCCAGGAACAUCUUUUGGUCUUGAGAGGUGCUCAGAGGGCACAAGGGCCCUGCCCCUCUCUCACCCCAUCCUCGUUCAUCUCUGCCUCCAGCUGCAGUCACUGCCGUCCCGGGCAACAUUCAAUACUGUAAAAAAUUUUAUUUUUUUGUAUAUUUUAUUGUUGUAUCUACAGGCUUUAACUUUCUCCAAAAUAAAGGCUCCGAAGCGA